GAGAGGUGUACCAGAGCGUCGGCCGCGACGCGAGCGGGGGCGAGCAGUGCACCUUCCUCUGGCUGGCGGCGCGCGUCGGGCAGGGGCCAGAGCUGCUUGUGAGGGGGCGGCUCUUGUUCAGCAGCGACGCCUAUCGGGACUGCUGGGCGUCGCACGCCGGAGCGCCUGGCGCGAUCAUGGUCGAGGCGGCCGUCGACGAAUGCCUGACGCUGAAGGCGGAGGCGGUCUGGCCCGAGCACCUCGGACCGCAGGCUGGCGGCGGCGGCCACUCCCGUGCUGCCCGCCGUGCGAGUCGCCCGAAGGCUCGGGUGGCGCCGCCUACUGGACCCUUCGGCGAGCUGAUGGGCCAGGACGCCCUGGCCGAUGCGGAGAAGCCCCCGUCGGACCAGCGAGCGCGCCGGGAGGCUGUGCGCCACAAGCUGGUAGAGGCGAAAGGACGCUUCGCCGACGCGGCGGAGUCUGCGGGGCGCGAUGCAGAGGUUGCAGCUGCAGACGCUCCUGCCGCGGCUGCCAAGCUGCCGAAGCGCAGCCUCGCGGACGUCCUGUCCGAGAGGGCCGAGGCAGGCAGCAGCAUGCAGGAGCUCGUGCUAUCGCUGUUCGCAGUCCUGGAGUCGUCGGCCUCGCGGGCGGCAGGCAGCGCGGAGAGCCCCGCGGGCGGGGAUCCGCUCUCUGGCGCGGACGGCUCGGGCCUGCCGCGUGGGCCGGCGACGAAGCGAGCCCGCUGCAGGAAGCUGGCGGGGGAGUCGCCAGGCAGGCUGUCGGGGCGCACCACGGGCGAGAUGGCGUCGUUCCUCGGCGGCCUCGAGGUGGGCGCGUCGGUCGACCCGGCAUCGCCGAUCGCGCUGCGGCACCUGCUCACGGUCUACCUGCCGCGGGGCCCAGCGCAGCGGAUCGGCUCCGCGACCGACCGCGAGAUGCGGGCGCUGUCGGAGACGAUCGGCUGCCUACUCCAGGGCAAGGCGCCGCAG